CUUAACCCUUCCUUGACCACCCUUAAAUUCCAUAUUUCCGUUACAACUAUUUCACUCCUCAUCACAAAAACGAAGCUCCUUUUAAAUACAGAGUGAAGAACAGGGGAAGAGUGUCAGUCUGAAGAAGCUUGAGGGUGGAUUCAACACUCACAACAUGCCUAGCAUCGUACGGAUUUUCGUCACCGAUAACGACGCCACAGAUUCUUCCUCCGGUGAGGAGGAGGCUUUUGGCCGGCGGACUAACAAGAAGCAUGUGAUCAAGGUCAGGCUUGAGACUAAAAAGAGUCGUGUUUCCGUUGAAAAGACAAAAAAGAGAGGCAGAACGGCGACCUCCACCAAGAUGGUGAUCAAGAAUGCCGGUGAUCGGAAAUACAGGGGAGUUAGGCGCCGGCCGUGGGGAAAAUGGGCGGCAGAGAUUCGGGAUCCGAUUCGGAAAACCCGGAAAUGGUUAGGCACUUUUGACACCGCCGAGGAAGCGGCUUAUGUUUACGACACCGCUGCGAUCCAGUUACGUGGACCAGACGCCAUGACCAAUUUCCUUGCCCCGCCGCCGAAGCCCGCCGACGCGUCACUCUCUAACUACGACUCCACCGGGGAAUCCGAGAUGGCUCCGUCCCCAACUUCCGUUCUCACGGCGCGAAUUAACGCGGCCACCAAAACCGAAGCGGAGGAAGAAGGCUCUAUGAAGCUGGUGACGGAUUGCUUCGUAGAGGCGGCGGCGGAGGAAUGUAGUCUCAACGGUCUGUUAGAUUUCUGGUCGCCGUCCUUGUUAACGGACGACCGAACGCCGUUAGAUUGCGACGACGGAAAUAAACUCCCGGAAAUAAUGAUGACGGGUGAGCGUUUGGAUGACAUUUCCGUGGAUUUCAGAGGUGUCGAUUUCUGGAUGAUUAAUUAGAUCAAGAUUUAAAGUAAAGUGGAACAUAGUAAUUAAGAGAAAAUUAGAGCUAAUUACGUUAAGUACUACUACUGUAUAUGUACAUCAUGAUGAUGUCAAUUUUGAAGGACCAAAACAACGUAGUUAUGUUUUGCUAUGUGACAUCGAGCAGUAGUAGAAAUUCUAGGAUCCGUACAUAUAUUUAGUUACUACGUAUAAGUGAGCAACUUUUGGGAUCUGGUUUCUUGAGUAAAGGUUUCUUCAUUAUCAAUUAC